CACCACGAAAGCAUCAUCAAGCAAUCCUUCCUGACAGACUUGAAUAACCUACCAAACCCUGCGCACCAUGCGCGAGCUGUAAAUGCGGACCGCUGCACUGCCUGGCGUUCUAUCGUUGCGGAGACUCAAUUGCGGUCUCAGUGCUGCCUCGUCAAGUAUUUUGACGGCGCCUGCCUGCGGCGUGCUAUUUUCCAGGCAGGGCACGCACACAGCCCCACGCGUGCCGAUAGCCCCAGAAGCAAAGCACCUCCGGAGCGGCGCGCUCGUGCCUGUCUGCCUGCUGCCGCAGCCACCAGCCGCGGUGCCUGCCUCGUCGCCGUUUGGCCGCGGCGGCACCAUGACCACAGCGACAGCAGGCGGAACCGGCACGCCGCAGCCCGCCUCCGCCAGCAGCUCCCACGGCGCCAAGCCGGCCAGCGAUGACCGGCCGCCGCCCCAACCACUCAACGGGAACGCCUCAGCACCAGCAUCGAACUCCACAUUACCAACACCAGCUGCAGGCCCCCCGCCGGCAGCGACGCCCCUAUAUUCUGCCAGCGCCAGCGCGGCGGCGGCAGCAGCCGCGGCCGCGGCUGCAGCAGCAGCCGCUGCCCGGCUGCGGGAGCCGGGCGCGGCGCUUGGGCCGCCAUACAGCCAGACCAUUUGCUCGGACUUCUUGGGUCCGGGGCCGCUGCCUCCGGGGCGGCGGCUGUACCUGGUCAUUCUCAAUUACACGCUGCCUGCGGGGCUGCCGCACGUGUGGGAGCAGGCCUGCUUCCGCGUCUGUGCGGACGGCGGCUGCAACCGACUGCACGACGAGCUACCCAGCUUGGCACCGCCGCCGCCACCACCACCAACAUCCGCGCUUUCAGCGGCGGCAACAGAACCGCUCGCAAGCGCCUCUGCAGCCGCAGCCGGCACCAGUGCCGCUUCGCCGGCGACCGCGCCAGCGACCGCGCCUGCGGCAGCUUCAUGCACACCUGCUGCUACUGCCGCCGCUGCCGGUGCUGGCGCGGCUGCUACAGCCGACCCGGAGCUGGCGCUGCGGCUGGCGCACCUGCCUGACCUGGUACUGGGGGACCUGGAUUCGCUGCGACCCGACACGCGGGAGUUCUACACGCGGCACAACGUGCCCUUCCUGGACCUGUCCCACGACCAGGACUCCACCGACCUGACCAAGGCGGUGGCGCUGGUCGAGCAGCGCUUCAUUGCCUGCGACCCCCACCCCGACCCCGACCCCGACCGACAUCAAAUCCUGGUGCUGGGCGCGCUGGGCGGGCGCCUGGAUCACACGCUGGGCAACCUGAACACGGUGCACAUGUUCCCGCACCUCAACAUCUGCCUGUGGGGCGACGGCAACCUGGUGCGCCUGCUGCGGCCCGGCACCGCGCGCAUAGAGCCCGACACGCGCUUCGAGGGCCCCGAGUGCGGCCUGGUGCCGCUGGCCGGCCCCGCCACCGCCACCUCCACCGGCCUGCUGUACAACGUGGACGACACGCCGCUGCGGGUGGGCGGCCUGGUGUCCACAAGCAACCAGAUCGUGGGUCAGGGCCCGGUGGAGGUGCUGACGGACGCGCCGCUGCUGUGGACCACGUCGCUUCGGGCUGACCCGCGGCCGGAGCCGGCGGAGCUGUGGGGGCGGGUCUGGGGCGCGGCAGGAGCUGCUGGCGCGGCGCCAGGGCAGCCGUAGGCAUGUAGUGUGGAACCGGUAAUGGAUGCGGAUGCUUGCAGGUGGGCACACUGUAGCAGUGACUGGCGAACAGGCGGGGAGAGGUGCUAAUCACCCGGGUACAAUGUCUUUGGGUUAAGUUUCUAGUGCAAGGUGGCUCGGUGGUGAGGAGCACAGUCCCGAGUGUGAUGGCUAGAAUCCCGGCCCAUGAAUUCCGUAAGGCGUAUCAAGGCAAGAGUCGCAGGGUGAGUUCGCGUCUUCGCGUCUAAAUGUAUUUCGGUCUUGUGCAUGUGAGGUUGGUAUGCGGCAUAGCUUCCUGCAACGAACGCGUGCGUGCGUGCGAGGACUCGCGGCAGCCGCGGUACUUGCCGGCGCAGGGCAGUCAUGUUUCGUUAAUUACACACAGUGUACCAUACCGGUGUAAUGCAUUGCGGAUGUACCGUACGCAUAUGGGACUGCACUACUGUUAUGCGAAGGGGAGGUGCGCAUGGGCGCAUGCGGUCCUACGAGUCCUGCGUGCCGCCUGCCCUGCCCCGCCCGCCCGUAUGCGUGGCCUGAUCUGCACAACUCAGCCCCGCCGGCCACGCAGCAGACUCAGCCGGGCUGCCGGGCACUGCUGGGGGGCUGGGGGUUUGCCCAUUGAAUGAGCCCUCGCCAGAGCAUCCCGCGCCAAGCUUAGGCUUUAAGGCACCCCUGCGCCACAAUGCCACAACCCGCGUGCCUCAACACGCCUGCUGCUUAUCAUAUGGACCGGGGACGCACAUCCGGCUUAGUCCCGCGCUGUCCCCGUGCUUUCCCCGAAUAGCCCUCUCCCUUGCUGCCGAGCCCUGACGCACACCUCCCGUUGCGGUGACCUUCACCUCUAGACACGUAUGCUUUGCUGCUGAUGGGAAGGUGAAGAAGACCCACUUGGCGUUCUGGACAGCGCCUGCAUGGCCAUCUCCCUACGUGCUGAGCCCUUGGCACAUUUCCCACUGCAGUUUCCCAGAGGCCCAGACUCUGCGAAACUGGUC